GCGAGGACAUGGAGCCCGUUCCCGCCACGGGGGGCUCGGAGACUACUCGCCUGGUGAGCCCCCGGGACCGCGGCGAAGCAGGUGGCGGCCUGCGUUUGAAGAGUCUCUUUACAGAGCCCUCAGAGCCCCUGCCCGAGGAGCCCAAACCUGUGGAGAUGCCCUUCCACCACUGCCACAGGGACCCCCUGCCACAGCCGGGUCUCACCCCCGAGAGGCGGCAGGCACAGAGGCAGCUCUGUGCCGCCUGCGCCGUGUGCUGCGUCUUCAUGGCCGGGGAGGUGGUCGGCGGGUAUUUGGCACACAGCCUGGCCAUUAUGACCGAUGCAGCCCACCUGCUGGCAGACGUGGGCAGCAUGGUGGGCAGCCUCUUCUCCCUUUGGCUCUCUACCCGUCCAGCCACCCGCACCAUGACCUUUGGCUGGCACCGCUCCGAGACUCUGGGGGCUUUGGCCUCUGUGGUCUCCCUCUGGAUGGUCACCGGCAUCCUCCUGUACCUGGCCUUCAUCCGCCUGCUGCACAGCGACUACCACAUCGAGGGGGGCGCCAUGCUGCUGACCGCCAGCAUCGCAGUCUGUGCCAACAUGCUAAUGGCCUUUGUGCUGCACCAGGCUGGACCCCCCCACAGCCACGGGUCCAGGGGGGCUGAGUAUGCACCGCUGGAGGAAGGGCCCGAGCAGCCGCUGCCCCUGGGGAACACCAGCGUCCGGGCGGCCUUUGUGCAUGUGCUGGGGGACCUCCUGCAGAGCCUCGGGGUGCUGGCUGCCUCUAUCCUCAUCUACUUCAAGCCUCAGUACAAGGCAGCCGACCCCAUCAGCACCUUCCUCUUCUCCAUCUGUGCCCUUGGGUCCACAGCUCCCACCCUUCGAGAUGUUCUCCGUGUCCUCAUGGAAGGUACCCCCCGAAAUCUGGGGUUUGAGCCAGUGAGGGAUACACUGUUGUCAGUGCCAGGAGUCCGGGCAACUCAUGAGCUACACCUGUGGUCCCUGACGCUCACUUACCAUGUUGCCUCCGCACAUCUGGCCAUCGACUCCACGGCGGACCCUGAAGCGGUCCUGGCCGAAGCCACAUCCCGGCUCCACUCCCGGUUUGGAUUCUCAAGCUCCACCCUGCAGGUCGAGCAGUACCAGCCGGAGAUGGCCCAGUGCCUGCGCUGCCGGGAGCCUCCCCAGGCCUGA